AUGCUUGUCAUUGAUCGUCCUAGGAUUUUGGAGUUGUUCGUGUAUGAUACUCUGGAGUGUAAAAAGGAAGGCGAUGAAUAUAAGAAGAUUCUAUACUUCUUUCCAAAUGAAAAACCACUGGAUGAUCAACUCAACUCCAUUGGUCUUUCAGAGGCUGUUGUAACGUUUACCAAUUGUACAUCACUUCGUACAAAGAACACAAACAGAGUUUUCAGAAAUCUAGCUCUUAAUAUAUGGAUUGUUAUUGUUGUCUCCGUACCAUUAACAUCAAAUGUAACAAGUGGCAGUUUGACUGAAAAUGACUCUUUACACAGUCAAGUUGUUGAGUCAGUUUUGUCAACUGCUUGUGAAACAUUCGAAUAUUUACGUACAAUGCUUUUUGAGCAUUAUGAUCUGUUGGACUGUUUCAACGGGAUUCAAUUCACAUCCAUAGAACCAGCUGAUUUCGGUCGUGUUCAUGGUCUUCUCAGUAGGAUUGGUUAUGGUUUUAAUUGUAUAGAACACUCGGCGUUUUUCUACGAAGGUAGACUUGUAUACUCUUCUUUGGAUUUAACCUAUGUCCGUCAUAUCUAUCACUAUCUAAAUUCAUUUCUAUUCAUUGAACAACCGGAGUUAACGCAUACAACAACAGCGAGAACAACAACUGCUGCGAUAAAAUCCAAGCAUUUGGGAAGAUACCUUGUCGGUCCAAAAGACCUAUCCGAUUUAUCUCAACAGGUUAAAUAUCCGCUAAUAUGUUCUCCGAAUUCCACCCUCCCCAACUGUCAGUUAAUUACCUAUCAAGCUUUAAGAGUCGUUUUAUGUCUACUCGUUAAAGGUACUGAUUUUAUUCCAGUGCAAUUUUUUGUGGAGUUUGAUAGAGUGGUUGGUCCGCGUUUAACUUUGUUAGCUGAACGUCUUGCUGCGAACCAGAGCAACUCAUUUAUGGGUGGUAGUAUCUUCCCCUUACACCUAAUGGAAGGUGCAGUGGACGUUAAUUCGCAUGUUGUACCAACACUUGAUGGUCUUACAAUCACUGAAGACGGGAUCAGUAAUGCAAUAGAAAAUUUAAAUUAUGUGGAUUCUCCUUUAUCUUCAGUCUAUACAAAUCGAUUCAUUUAUUGGAAUCCAUCAAUAUGUUCUGUAAUGACAACUUUGCAUGUGUACACUGGUUCCGGGAAACGACCAAUCAAAGGAGCUAAAGCACUUUUGGAUGUUAUGGUUGAUUUACGUGAAGAAUUUUCUCUCAGACCUAAUGCAUGGCAUGAAGAAAUCACUGUUAGACUGGAUCCCCAUUGUUGGGUUGUCUGUAUACGAUCUAAUGGACGUGAAGUGUAUAUGGUUUUCAUAAUUAAACAGGAUAGUUUACGGAAGUUAGAAGAAUCUGUUCGACGCGUAUACGAGACAACGUUUCGAGGUAUAUUCUUGUUAGAAUAA